AUGAAGCUCGUUCUCACAAACCCCUGUUCUGCCGUCCCCGCGCCGAAGAGCCGUACAGCGGCUGUUGUGUUCCUGCACUCUUCGGGUAGUAGUUGCAGCAGUUCUUCCAGUCGUGGUGCACUGUUUCGUGCGCCCCCUUUAUUAUCAUGCCCAACAACAUCUAUUUCCGCCGAGCAGGGCACCUCCAAGCCCGCAACUUGUACGACGUACCACAACCUGCAGGGAAAGCGGUUUGUGCGGUCCCAGGGGUACCGGUGUCACCGCCUGUACCGGUACACGGGUAUCCGGCCGAUUCGUUGCGAAACCCCGCGGUCGGAUUGGCAGAUUGCGCGCGAGCGGGAGUUUCUGAAGCAGCGGAGCGUGGUGCCCCUGAGUAGCAUGAAGCAGGACGUGGAGGGGAACCCGAUUUCCGUGACGAACUACGUGAAAGAGCUGACGGAGGACGACGUGCACCAGCUCCCGACGCACGUCAAAGAUCUGCUCACGCUGGAAACCGCUUCCUCGAGAGAACUCCACCAGUUUCGCAAGCGGUGCCUGGUGCGGAAGUUCCAAGUGUCGCCCUUCGACACGAACUCCCCCGCCGUGCGGAUCGCCUGCCUGACGGAGAUAUCAAAUGCGAAAGUGUCUGGGUCUGGAACAGAGCAACUUGUCUUGCUAAAUCUGAAUCGUGUAAAAAUCUGUGUUGCAUGAUUGCCAAAAGCUGUCCACUUUUGACCUAAUCGCGAGGCAGUUUCUCAUGCAGGAUAGGCAUGAUAGAACUCUCACAGAAUCUGUCAUGCUCUGUCCUACAUGCCAGACCUCAUGGGUCAUGGAAAACCUGCAUGACAGGUCUGGCAUUCUUCCAGACCCAGACACAUUUGCUUUUGAUAGGAGAAAAUCCUGAACCUGCGCGCGCACAUGAUCCGCACCCGGAAGGACUCCAUGGCGAGACGGGUGAUGACCCUGCUGUUGUUAUCAUAUGUAAAAACGUCCCCGCCCCAGAGUCAAGUUGGGAACUUAGCAACACAAAUGCAGAAGUUCUGGGAGCCACGCAUGACAAGUUGCACUCCGUAGUGUAGUGCAUGUUAGCAAGGACAACAGCAUCACAAAUCCAUCUUUCUGCUCAUCCUGUUUACAGCAUCACAACUUCCAGAACACGAUUGGAAAUGCCUCUCAUACUCAUGAGGAUGCGCAUUACAAAUCUUCCUGUGACUGCAAAUCUGCAUGACAACUAGGGGGUUGGGGACGUUUUUACUCAGGAUAGUUGUCGCGAAGGAUGAAGGUGAUGAAGGCGCUGUACAAAUCGGACUUUUUGCUGUACAAGUAUGUCUGCGAGGAGCUGAGCAUCCGUUUGGUGCGGUUCGCAAUCCUAUCAAAUGCAAAAAUGUCUGGGUCUGGAAGAUUGCCAGGUUUGUCAUGCAUAUUUUGAAUGACCCUUGAUGUCCGUGAUGCAUGCCCUAGCAUCACAGAUUUUUAGAGGACUUUGGGAUGCCUCUACCGCAUGAGAAAUGCCCUUUCCACGUAGCACAAACUGGAGUCCUUUUGCUGGUCAUGCAAUACAUUAUUUUUUAGAAUCCAGAGACAGCAUUACAAGUUUAGAAUCUUCCAGACCCAGACAUUUUUACAUUUGAUAAAUCCCCGAGUACCGGGAUCCGUCGCGCAUGGUGGCGCCGAUGGGCAUCGACGGGGACAAGUGCAAGUGGUUGAUUCGCCAGAAGCUGUACAAAAAGAAGAACAUGCCGCGGAUGUUCAUGGACGCGACCAAGAGCAUGACCGGGUGGCGUGCGAGCACGUUGGUCCGGCACACGCACCACCCCAUCGAGCCGGUGCCGGAGGAUUUCGGCAAAGCCGCGAAGAUCAGCCCGCAGCAGGUUAGCCCCCACUUCCCCUACGGGGUGCGGGGGGACAGGGUCCGAGGAGACGGCAUUCUGCACAAUCCGACCGAACCCGGCCCGGGUCACCAGCCGGCAAGGAUGCUGUAGAAAGUCUGCACUGGUUUCGACUUGUUGUCUACUUACUCAUUCUCGCUGAUUAUAUCGGAGGUAUUUAUUAGCUACUGUUGUAUGUUUCUGCGAUAGCUGAGUACUAUCAUUAGAAUUCCGCAGUCUGGUCCAUUUGUACUGUACUUUUUUCAUUUUCCACGACCGGAGGAGGUGUUGUACCAAAGGACUUCAUGUGGAUUGUUUUCUGGUCGCUAUAGUGUUCCUGCGGCCUCCUGGAUAAGUGCAACACGGGAAUAUAGAUGUUACGUGCCGGCGCUCGCUUCCUAAAUAUACAUAUAGCUACUUGGCUUGUUGACAAUAAAUUCAUUUCACCAGCAGGUGCCGCUCGCCCUGGUGGUCAUGCUCAACAUGGUUCGUUGUGUUUUUGAUUUUGCGACAAAUGAUCAUCGGGAAGGCAAUCUUGAUCCUCCAUUUUCGAGCAAAAUCAGUGCAAAUCUAAUCGCUCAGUAGCAAGCAGAAAUAGUCAGAGAAAGAGUUAUUUGUCUUUUUUCAAUGGUUGUAGGAAAAGUGGUUUUAGUUGUUGUCUUUUUUCACAGGCUUUCGAAGCAGGGAUUUUUCUUGAAAUAGCGCUAGAGAAAAAAGGUGUGUAAACGCGGUCCCACCUUCCCGCAUGAGAACAAACAAACAAACAUCAUCGGGAAGGCAAUCUUUUUCAACGUGAUCUGGUCGUGCAAAGAUUUUGUAGUAUUCCCUAAGGAGGAAUGGUUUGUGG